GGGGGCUCCUGGAGGCCAGGAAGGAGGGCGGGCGGGAACAUGGCGGCUGCGGUGGCAGGUGGCCUGCCUGGGAAGGGGCACGACAUCAGCCUGGCAGCCCUGCGGCGCCACGACCCCUACAUCAACCGCAUCGUGGACGUGGCCAGCCAGGUGGCUCUGUACACCUUCGGCCAUCGGGCCAACGAGUGGGAGAAGACUGAUGUGGAAGGAACCUUGUUUGUUUACACAAGGUCUGCUUCUCCAAAGCAUGGAUUCACCAUUAUGAAUAGGCUCAGCAUGGAAAACAGAACAGAACCUAUUACUAAAGACCUGGACUUCCAGCUCCAGGACCCUUUCCUUCUCUACAGAAAUGCCAGAUUGUCCAUUUAUGGGAUUUGGUUUUAUGAUAAGGAAGAAUGCCAAAGAAUUGCAGAACUUAUGAAACACCUAACUGAGUAUGAACAGUUGAAAGCUUGUCAUGGAGCAGGAGCAGGACCUUCCCCAGUGACCCUCAGUUCAGGAGACGGCCGAGAAGUAGAUAUCUUACAGAUGCUCACCAAGGCCAAAGAUGAGUACACGAAGUGUAAAACCUGUUCUGAGCCCAAACAGAUGACCAGUUCUGCCAUCUAUGACAAUCCCAAUCUUAUCAAACCAAUCCCCGUGAAACCCAGUGACAACCAGCAGCAGCGACGACCUCUGCCCAGAAAGACCUUAGACCCUGAGCCCCAACACUUAUCUUUGACAGCUCUAUUUGGAAAGAAAGACCAAGUUCCCUGUCAAGAGACGGUGACGCCCCCUCGGAUUCUCUACCAGCAGCAGCAAGAGAAGCUUUCAGUUCAUCAGGGGGUUAAAUGCUCCUUGUCCCAUGAAGAACCCAGAAAGCUCUCACCCCCUGUAGAGAAGCAACUCUGCCCAGCCAUCCAGAAACUCAUGGUCAGGAGCGCAAAGCUGCACCCCGAACAGCAGCCCUGUGAAAGAGGCAGUCCUAAUCCUACAGUUCUUCCCGGACCCAUCCAGCCGGGUUCCCUCUGGAACAUUAGAACUUCGAACUCUUCACAAAGUGCAUGCAGAACCCAGAAGCUGUUAGAGCAGCUCCAGAGCGCCUCCAGGACAGCACAGAAGUACAACCCCAGUGCAGCAGCACCUGUCAGCCCUGCUGUCCCCAGCAGCAGCCUCAUCCUCUCUGCUGCCACUCAAGUGGCCCCAGUCCAAAGUGUGGCCCAGUCCCAGCUGGUCUAUGUCAAUGGCCACCUUCCACCUCCUACACUAGGACAUCAGACUCUCAGGAAGGAGCAGUGCACACUACCCAGACAGGCCCUGCCCCUGCCUGGCAGCCAGGAGAGCAGCCCCACGGUGCUCCCUGCUCAGGAGCUACUGAGAAAGCUCCAGGCAGUGCAGCAGGAACAGCAGUUGCAAGCGGCCCCCCGGCCAGCCUUGGCAGCCAAGUUCCCUGUGUCAGCCCAGGGCUCAGGGACAGAGAAGCCCUUGGAGGCCUGGGUCAGCAAGCCAGCCAGCAAGGAGAAGCAGGCUCCUCUUCUGCAGCCUACCUGUGCCCCGCUGAGGGAAACUGACAGUAGGCUCAUGGCCCUGGGAGACCAGAAACUGCCUGCUGCUUCCCCCAGCUGCCUCCUGCCUUUGCAGAACUGGGAGUCCUCCACUAUGGCCAGCAGGCCCCUCACCAGGCUGCAGCUCCAGGAGGCACUGCUGAACCUCAUUCAGAAUGACGACAAUUUCUUAAGCAUAAUCUACGAAACAUAUCUCUUCAGUGUGACACAAGCAGCCAUGAGAAAAACCACAUAACUACAGGAGCGUAAAGCUUUGGACUGAUCUCCCAGCUCCUUCCAUGUGAAGUGCUGUGACCAGACACAUUUCUGCCUUUUUAACAAACUAUAGUAAUAUGAAAUAAAAUGAUUUUGUACAGUUAA